GGAAACAAAGGCAUGUGUAGAUUAUUUAGUUAAUUCUAAACCAGUACAAGACUCUAUAUAUAGUACAGUUUAUACUUAACUCUACUUCAGAUGCACAAUUUAAAUCUAUUUUUAAAGCAUUGCUUUAUCAUGCAUUCUAUGAUAAACAUUAGUUUCUAUUUCUAUAAUGCGCAAAAUAUUCUUAUAAACAAUUGUAAGCGGAGUAAAAGCACAUAAUUUUAUUAUUCUUAUUUUUUCUUAUUUUAAAGUUACUCUUUAACCCAGCCCAAAUAACCCAAAACUGUUUAAAAAAUGAGCUCAGAAUUCAUAUUUUAAUUGGCAGCUUUUGUUUAAAGCGAGUAAAAAGGUGAAUGCACUUCUUUGAGGGUCUGUGUCAGAGAAGCAGUCCCCCCCUCGUGAUCGAGCGCAUCGACCCGCUCCUGAUCUCAGGCGAGCAGCGAGGCUCGUCCGGCACACACUCUCCGAGCUCGGCUCCGCUCACAUGGACGUCUCGGAGGGCUCCGGAUCCGGAUGGUGCUGCGGGAACCGCUCGGACUGGGACGUGUGGGACGAGCGGGCGCUCUUCAGCGACGCCGAGCUGCUGGCGCUCACCGCUCUGUGCGUGCCGCUGCUGCUGCUCGGCCUGCUGGGAAACGCCCUGACCGUCCUGGUGGUGUGGCGACGCCCACAGAUGAGGAGCACCACCUACCUGUACCUGAGCAGCAUGGCCGUGUCAGACGUGCUCAUCCUGCUGCUGAUGCCGCUGGAUCUCUACAAGCUGUGGCGGUUUCGCCCGUGGUUGCUAGGCGACGCCGUCUGCAAGCUGUCGAUGUUCGUGGGCGAGUGCUGCACGUUUUCGUCCAUCCUGCACAUGACGGCGCUGGGGGCGGAGCGAUACCUGGCCGUCUGCUUCCCGCUGCGCGCGCGCUCGCUGGUCACCAGGGGGCGUGUCCGGGCGCUGAUCGCCGGCCUGUGGGGCGUGGCCAUGCUCAGCGCCGGGCCUGUGUUUGCGCUGGUGGGCGUGGAGCGCUUCGAGGGCGGAGCCAGCGAGUGCCGCUGCACGCAGUUCGCCCUGACCUCGGGUCUCCUGAAGGCCAUGCUGUGGCUCUCCAACCUGUACUUCAUCUGUCCGCUGGCCGUCCUGUCGCUGCUGUACGGCCUGAUCGCUCGACGCCUGCAUCUGCGCUCGCACACACACCGAGACAAAACACACCGCCAGACCCUCCGCAUGAUGGUGGUGAUCGUGCUGGUGUUCAUCUUGUGCUGGCUGCCGUUCCACGUGAGCCGGACGCUGUUCUCGGUGUCGGACUCCAGCGCUCAGCUCUAUUAUAUCAGUCAGUACUUCAAUCUGGUGUCUCUGGUGCUGUUUUACGUCAGCGCCGCCGUCAACCCCCUGCUGUAUAACAUCAUGUCCGCCCGCUACCGCUCCAACGUCCUCGCCAUGCUGCGGCUGAGCACGGGCUCCACGGACGAGCUGCGCCACAGGGCCCGCACCUCCCCGCUCACCGCCUCGCACUCCAGCACACACUUCUGAGCCUGUGUGUGUGUGUGUGUGUGUGUGUGUGUGUGUGUGUGUGUGUGUGUGUGUGUGUGUGUGUGUGUGUGUGUGUGUGUGUGUGUGUGUGUGUGUGUGUGUGUGAGAGU